AGUCUUUGACUUUGGGAGUUCGCCUACCCCUCCUGCUAAGAAAGAACUGCCGACGACCAUUCGGGGCCCCACUUUAAUGAGGCAGCCACCUGGCGAGUCUGACAUGGCUGUGAGCGACGCGUUGCUCCCGUCCUUCUCCACAUUCGCGUCCGGCCCGGCUGGAAGGGAGAAGACGCUGCGUCCAGCAGGUGCUCCGAACAACUGCUGGCGAGAGGAGCUCUCGCACAUGAAGCGGCUUCCCCCGGUGCUUCCCCGUCGUGCCUACGACCUGGCGGCCACCACCGUGGUCAGCACCGAUCUGGAGAACAGCAGCGCCCUGGGCGCAGCAGCGGGCGUCGGCAGCAGCAACCCGGAGCUCCUCCCUAGGAGAGAGGAGGAGUUCAACGAUCUCCUGGACCUGGACUUUAUCCUCUCCAACUCGGUGUCCCAUCAGGAGUCCGUGGCGGCCACCGUGUCCUCAUCGGCAUCGGCCUCGGCCUCCUCUUCGUCCUCGCCGUCGAGCAGCGGGCCGGCCAGCUUCAGCUACCCAAUCCGGGCUGGGAGCGACCCUUCGGUCGUGGCCCCGGGUUCCACCACCGGCCCCGGCGGCGGCGGCAGUGGUGGUGGUGGAGGUGGCGGCGGCGGAGGUGGCCUCCUCUACAGCCGCAAGUCUGCGCCUCCGCCCGCCCCCUCUUUCAACCUGGCCGACAUCAACGACGUGAGCCCGUCGGGCGGCUUCGUGGCCGAGCUGCUGCGGCCCGAACUGGACCCCGUGUACAUCCCGCCGCAGCAGCAGCCACCGCCAGGCGGCGGCCUGAUGGGCAAGUUCGUGCUCAAGUCCUUGCUGAGCGCUCCCGGCAGCGAGUAUGGCAGCCAGUCGUUCAGUGUCGGCAAAGGCAGCCCCGACAGCAGCCACCCGCUGGUGGUCACGCCCUACAGCGGCGCCCCGCGCAUGUGCCCCAAGAUUAAGCAGGAGGCCGUGUCCUCCUGCACAGUCAGUGGCUCCCUAGAGGCCCAUUUGGGCGCAGGACCCUCCCUAAGCAAUGGCCACAGGCUGUCCGCACACGACUUCUCCCUGGGGCGGCAGCUCCCCAGCAGGACUACCCCGACCCUGGGUGCUGAGGAACUGCUGAGCGCCAGGGACUGUCACCCUGCUCUGUCGCUACCCCCUGGCUUCCACCCCCACGCCGGGCCCAACUACCCGGCCUUCCUGACCGACCAGAUACAGAACCAAGUGACUGCACUCCAUUACCAAGAGCUCAUGCUACCUGGUUCCUGCCUGGCGGAAGAGCCCAAGCCAAAGAGGGGGAGAAGGUCGUGGCCCCGGAAAAGGACUGCCACUCACACUUGUGAUUAUGCGGGCUGCGGCAAAACCUACACGAAGAGCUCUCAUCUCAAAGCACACCUGCGAACCCACACAGGUGAGAAACCUUACCACUGUGACUGGGACGGCUGUGGGUGGAAAUUUGCCCGCUCAGAUGAACUGACCAGGCACUACCGCAAGCACACAGGGCACCGCCCCUUCCAGUGCCAGAAGUGUAACCGGGCAUUCUCCAGGUCAGACUUCCUUGCCUUACACAUGAAGAGGCACUUUUAAUUCCCAAACAGUGGCUAUAUAUGACCCACACUGCCAGAAGAGAAUUCAGUAUUUUUUAACCUUUUACACUGUUGUCCAGAAGAGGGAGGUACGCCCAGCUGGACAGCACUACAAUCAUGGUCAAGUUCCCAACAGGCCA